AUGAGCGCGACGAACGACGCCUCGCAAUCAGAGGACUCAGCAAACUCACUGAUCGACCGCUCGAGCGCCGCGGCGUCGACCAAGAAGCGCGACGCGCCGUCGGCCACGUCCGAAGACGACGCCGCUUCCACCAGCGACGCCGCGCCGGACGCGCCCAACGCCUCACGAGACGCGAAGCGGCGCCGCGUCGAGGACCCGGCGCCGACGUCGGUGCCCGCGCUCGAGGCGAUCCGGCAGAAGCUCGGCACGGAGCCCGCCGACCUGGCGCGGCCCGACGAUGCGGUACGGCUCUUCUCGCAGCGGCGCGGCGACUCGACGUGCUGUUACAGGACGUUCAUGACGCUGAUCUUCGCGCUCUGCACGUUGGACGAGUACAGCCGAGCGCUCCGGGCGUGCGGUCUCGUUCGGGCGUCGAGCGUCGUCGCGUCGGUGCGCGAAAUCCAGGGCGCGAUCCAGGAGGGCUGGCUUGACGGCUUCGGGUUCAAGGGCGCAUCCCUGAUCUGGAAAAGGUUGAAAGGGGCGGAGUUCGUGGGUUCGACGGGCUUGGACGCGUGGAUCGGGUGCGUCGAGGCGGGCGCGGCCUUGCGAAGAGCGGGCGUCCGGGCGAACGUCGUGGGCUUCGACGGGAAGGCGGUUGGCGCGACGGCCCUGUCGGCGGCGCAGGACCUUGUCGAGCGCCUCGCGCUCUACUUCGACGGCCGCGGCGACGGCGUCGGGUGGGGCGCGGAGCUCCUCCCGCCGGCGCUCCUCGCCUUCGAUGGACACAGCCGCGCCGUCGUCGGCGUGUCGCGGCGCCGGCUUGUGCUGCUCGACCCCGCGUGGUGCACCCCGCGACUCGAAUGCGUGUCCGCCGAGGACCUCGCGUCGCGCGCGGACCAGUUUGAGGUCCUGGUCGUCCGCCCGGGCGUGCGCGACGCGAGAACGCUACCCAAAGACUUCAAAGGCCAGGCAUAACUUUACAUUCACUU